AUGGCGAUCCAGACUCUCUACAGGAAGGAGCAGUACCUGGCCCAGCAGGUACCCUGGAUCCCCCCUGUCGAUAACCUGCUGAAGGACACCACUGACGGCUGCGCCCUGGCCGCUCUGCUGCACUUCUACUGCCCACAGCUAGUCAGACUGGAAGAUAUCUGUCUGAAGGAGCGUAUGUCGCUGGCGGACAGCCUGUACAACCUGCAGCUGGUGCAGGACUUCUGUCAGGAGCACCUGAGCCGCUGCUGCCACUUCAGCCUGGAGGACAUGGUGUACGCCUCCUCGUCCCUCAAAAAUAACUACCUUGUGUUCCUGGCCGAGCUGUUCUGUUGGUUUGAAGAGGUGAAGCCCUCCUUUGUACAACCAAGAGUUCUGGAUACUGAAGAGCCAGCCCUCACAUUGUUGAGGAACAUUCCCUCAGUUCCCAUCUCCAAUGUCACCAAGAAGAGCUUCAUGGAGAGACCGCCCAGCCCAGAACCACCCAGUCUGCCUCUCCGGCCUCAACCUAGGAACUCAGGUGAAAUMAAGAGAUCCACCUCAAUGUCCUUUGUGGAUGGCUGCGUGGGAACCUGGCCCAAGGAGAAAAGGUCCGGGCCUUACGGGGUAUCCUACGACAUUCCCUUCGACAAAGAGGACACCCAGACGUCUACUCCCCCCGGCCAUGGCAUGACUCGCUCUACCAGCACAGAGGGCUUCAAGGUCCACCAAAUGCCCCGGGGCAUGAAGAGGAACKUGUCCUUCCAGCCCAUCAAUGGGCAGGGCGUGGGCAUUGAGGAGGAGGGCUGCCCGGACAGCCUAGCAGGCCCCGAUCUGCCAAGACAGCCUGGCAGACCUCAACCCAAUGGCUCAUCAGCCCUGGAUGGGCAUGGAAAAGGCGCAGCCAUCCCCAGCAUGGAGGAGGCCCUCCAGAUCAUCCACAACACCGGGAGGAAGCCCCCACAAUGCCCCCUGACGGAGGGUAUCAGCCAUGUCUUUUUCCUGCACAUUCAAAACCGGGGCAGAGGUGUAGUCGGCCUGGACCCUAAGGCCCAACAGGAGAACAUGGACCUGGACUCACUGAACACCACAGAGGUGGACACAGACAUCCACUUGAGGACGGAGGACAUCGCCGAGAUGCUGGACGAGGACUCUUCGCUGGGGGAAGCUACAAGCAUGGAGCUAGACAUGGACACACACAGUCCCUGCCCCAGCAGCUCAAGCUAUGGCAAAUCUCCCUCCACUAGCUCCGGCAUCAAGAUGACCAGCUUCGCAGAGCAGAAGUUCCGGAAGCUCGGCAACCCCGAAUCAGGGAGAAGAAGAAGCAGCAGCAGCGGGGGCGGCAGCUCCCUCAAGACCACCCCCGAGGGCUCGGAACUGGGCCUCCCCCUGUCCGUCUCCUGGGCACCCACUCCAGAGCACAGCCCCGUUCAUCAACAGAGCAUGCCCCUUACCCAAGCCCCUCCCACUGGGCCAGCGCAGGCCCCUCCGCCUAGUGACCUGGCUCAGGCCAUGGCAACAGAGAUGGUUCAGCUGCGCAUGCGCCUGGAGGAGAAGCGAAAAGCCAUUGAGACGCAGAAGAAGAAGGUGGAGGCAGCGUUUACGCUUCACCGCCAGAGGAUGGACCACUCCGCUUUCCUGGACGUGGUCAAGAGGAAGGCCGACGGUGCCUCAGUAGGAGGAGGAGAGGAGGAAAGGGGUAAGAUGACUGCAGAGAAGGAGAGGAAAACUGAGAGGAGCAAAACGGACACGCCUGACGGGGCCGAGCAGGGGCAGGCGCCCUUCGGGAUCUGCUGGCUGAAAUCCCCAGGAAGAAGCACGGGAGAAGAGGGAGGUCAAGGUCCCAGCGAGGUGGAUCUAGCGAACUACACACGCUCCAUGGAGAAGCUCAACCACUCACUGGGCUUCCUGCAGAUGGAGAUGCAGCGCCUGGCCCAGCAGCAGGAGGUCAUCAUGGCCAUGAGGGAACAACGGCAACAACAGGCCUGGGUCAUUCCCCCUCCCGAGACCCAGCCCUCACCCCAGAAAUAUGCUCGCGCCUCUGUCCGCUCCUCCGACUCGCCCUCCCCGGCAGACUCGCCCCGCUCCGCCCACCACUCGCCCACCAGCAUCAAGAGGAAGUCGGCCUCCUUCCACUCACGGAACCCCCGCACGCCGCGCCCCAGCGAGCUUAAGCUGGCCCCCUAUAACCGCUGCCUGACGGCGCCCCAGUCUGUGGACAGCCUCCCCCGCCUGCGCCGUUUCUCCCCAUGUCAGGCCAUGGCCUUCACCUACAUGGGGGACAAACCCACCGGUGAAACCCCUGAGACCGGAGACAGGGACACUGAGCAUGUGCUAUCCCCAGAGAGAGAGGCUGUUAGUGCAUCGUCACCCUCCUCCCCAGCCAAAAACAACCARAGAACACAACCAGGGACACUAGAGAUUUCCAAGAAGGAUGAUGCGGAGGAGAAGGAAAUGGAGGAGAAGAAGCACAAGUACAAAAUAGAGGAGAUUAAACCCAUAAUAGUGUCGACCGUAUCUGAAGUGCUGGCCCAGCCAGUGAAAGAGUCCUUUACGGUCACCCCCACAGAGACCCCCUUUAUCUCAGACAUGUUUGGCCAGGCCAGAAGCAAUCUGAUUGAGGUGCCUCUGUACGUGUUCAAGCCCCUGGAGGGAYAGGGGAUGGAGGAGAGUGAAGACAUGCAGGGGACCUAUGGCGAUGACGAGAAAAUGUCCUGUGGCUUUUUCUUUAAGGGUGAUGGGAACGGGGAAGACAACAUGGCUCAGAAGAGGGCUGCUCUCCUGGAGAAGAGGCUGAAGAGGGACAAGGAAACGCAGCAGAAGAAGCUGCAGCAGGAGGCGGAGCUAGAGCGGAAGAAGGAGGAGUCACGAGUGAAAGCGGAGGAAGAGCACGUGAGGAAGGAAGAUGAGAAAACUCGCCGGGAGUUCAUCAAGCAGGAGUACCUGAGGAGGAAGCAGCUCAAGCUCACGGAGGACAUGGACACGGUGAUAAAGCAGCAGCAGCGGCCGUCCGGUGCCAAGCAUAGGAGAGCCCGGCCCAGGUCCACCCACCGGGACAGCAUGGACUCCUCCAGAACCCCGGCCAGGGCAGCAGUGCCCAGCUUGUCUCUGGCCUCUCUCAACCUGGGAGACAGCUUGUCUCUGGRCUCUUUCAACCUGCGGGACAGCGACACUGUGCAAUCUGAGAAGAGAACCCCAAGGCCUGAUUCUGCAGAUGGUUUUCUGUCCCCUUGUCGAUCUGGAAGCCGGAAUGAGGAGGACGAUUGGGAGAAUGGCUCCACUGCCUCAUCUGUGAAAUCAAACACUGAGUACACCGGGCCCAAACUGUACAAGGAGCCGAGUGCCAAAUCGAACAAGCAUAUCAUCCAGAACGCGCUAGCCCACUGCUGCCUGGCGGGCAAGGUCAACGAAGGUCAGAAGAACAAGAUUGUGGAGGAAAUGGAGAAAUCAGAAGCCAACAACUUCCUGGUGUUGUUCAGGGACGGGGGUUGCCAGUUCCGCUCCCUGUACYUAUACAGCCCCGAAACGGACGAGGCCACCAAGUUGAUCGGCAUCGGGCCCAAGAGUAUUAUGAGCAAGAUGAUCGAGGGCCUCUUCAAGUACAACUCGGACAGGAAGCAGUUCAGCCAGAUUCCCGCCAAGACCAUGUCGGCGAGUGUGGAUGCCAUCACGAUCCACGGCCACCUAUGGCAAACCAGGAAACCAGCCACCCCUAAGAAAGUGUUACCUGCCAAGCCCUAAUGGAACUUACCGUACACUCCCAGCCUCCCCCGCCAUUUCCCUUCAAAUGGAACAGUCCACAUUCAAUUUGCACUUCACUGUACAUAUCCAUGAGGAUUCAGCACCUGCAAUGCCAGUUAGAUGAACACAUACUUCUUGUACUUUUUUCCCCCCUCUCUCUCGCUCUUUUUUCAUUCCUGUCCAUUUUCCUUUUGAAAUUCCAAACUGGACACGGGGACUCAGUUAAAGAUAUGCACAACUGGAAUGUAAAACACUAUUUAAUAUGUGUAAAUGAAUGUCACUGAUCUGUUUUAGUGUAAGAGGUUGUCUGAUUUCAAGUCAUUUUAUUACAGCACGCGUGUGUAUGUGGGGGGGGGGAGUUGCCCAAAGAGAGUCAAAAAGGAGAAGGUAUGAAUACCAUARAAUGUUUUAUUUGGGACACUGAAGCACAAAAUGUUACUCACCUGUUCAAAUGUGUGGCCUUACGCUUGUUUUUUUGUUUUGUUUUGUAUGUCAGUGCAAUAAGCUGACAGUAAAACUAUACCUUAGAGACUUUUCUAUGCUAAAGGUGAGAACGCUUUUUUUCCUUCAUGUUUUCGGGUUCAAAUGCAACAUACGUCUUCAUAAGCUAUACACAAGAUUGAGGGCCAAAAAAAAGAAGAGUAAAAUACCUUGCAGCAAGCAUACAGCUAGUGUUAUCCACACGUACAGCUAGUGUUAUCCACACGUACAGCUAGUGUUAUCCACACGUACAGCUAGUGUUAUCCACACAUACAGCUAGUGUUAUCCACACAUACAGCUAGUGUUAUCCACACGUACAGCUAGUGUUAUCCACACAAUAAGUCCGAUAUAUAAUAUUCCUCAACUACGCCAAGUGUAUUUAUAUUUAUAUAUAUAUUUUUUAGCUUAUUCCUCCUCUUAAAGUGUUAAACCAGACUGAACUUCCUUGAUGCUGUGGGUUCAGAACAGGUUUGUGAAACCAAAAUAAAACUCAAAAU